UUUUAUAUGCCUAUGACAGAUCCAAAAACCUAAAAAAGCAGCUAGCUGACUGAUUUUCACAUGGAUUCCAACAGUGAAUAUGAGACAGAAGCAAGGACCAUGGCUCUUCGUCAGGCAAGACCUUCUCUUCAUCGGGCAAGAUCUUCUGUUGUAGAAUCUUCUGAUUCUGAGCCCGAUGGGAGGCCCCAAUCUAGACCAGCUACAACACCACAUCCUCCUCCCAAAGCACAAUGCCUUUCUCAGGCCACUAGUGAGGGCUCGGGCAGGUCUCAUCGACCUUCUCGAGCUACUGAAGUUUCAGGGAUUUCAAUCCCUUGGCCUCAAAGGGUUGCAGUUGCUGAAUCCUUUCAUCCUGCUCCUGCUGAGGUUACCCAUGUUGACCCUGCUGCUCCUGCUUUUGAUUACACUGGCAUGACACCUUCUCCUUUGGCUUCUCUUCCAACCACGACCUCUUUGCCUGAACUAGUUAGAGAGUUCGGGCAAAUUAUGACGAAGCUGAGAUCCACAAGGCGCCCUUCUGAGCCUCAACAUCUUCAAGAUCAGCGCAGGAUCUUCAGAGAAUGGAUGCAAAGGGACUUUUCUGCCUUCUUUAGCCUUAAGGCUCUUCAAGAUGCUGAGAUAGCUCUCACUAAAUUAUACCAAGCUCAGCAGAUGACUAAGGUGCAAUAUGAGUCCUUCGUUUCUUUCUUUGAAAAUCUAAGGGCCUUGAGGGAUCAACAUCAUAAGGCCGAGAGGCAAGCCAACAUGGUGAGGUGCUACAAGGAGAAGCACAUUCGGACCUCCAUUACUCUGCAGCAGCUGGUGGAUGAGGGCUCGUCCAUGGAGGAUCGGAUAAUAGUGGUAGUUGCCGAGAUCCAAAAAUUGGAGGAACAACUUUUGGCUCUGAAGGCUGAGCAGAUGACUCUCUCGAGCAAGCUAUACAAGAAGCUCGAGGAAGUGAAGAAAGUAAACCACGAAGUGGAGGAGUCUGAAGCCCAGCUAGCCAACAGCAAUAUAGCUUUAGAAGAGCCGGGUCGCAUUUUUACCAUCAUGCAAACUUAUCAUUCUAGGAUAGCUGCCUUGGCUAAAGAUGUAAACUUGUUAAUUUAGGGCUUAUGUACUGAUGAGUCGAUAUGUUACUAUAUAUUUUACCGUAAUCCUAGUAUUAACUAGAAAAUACGCCCGUGCGUUGCGGCGGGAACUGAAUGCAUCAUGUGUAACUCCAUGAAUAAGACACAGCUACUUGGCUUUCAUAUAAAUUCAAUUCAG